AGAUAAAGCUGGAGAACAAAGAAAGCAACUUGGUGGUUCUGCCCAGGCCCAUACGUUUUAUUUUUUUAUUUUGAGAAAGCAUACCCGCGCUCGUUCCUCUUUCCACCCCUCCGAGUCGUACCUGACGAGUACCCUCCCUACAUCAACCCUAUCAUUGUCAUACUUCGCUGUCAAGUCGGAGCAUCUAGUAUCAUUGAAUUUACUCUUUUUUUUUCCUCUUUUUAAAACAAAGUGUAUUUUCCUCUCUUUCGCCGCAACCAGCCACCUUCUGUUCUUUUGACACUGCCGAUCUGGUGCAGCUCACAGCAAACGCGAAACCCUCUUUUCUUUUCUUUCGGCCAACAAAGAAGCCUAUUUUCGCAUCUCCGCACGCUGCCAAAACUACUCGUCCUUUGUAGUUCGAAAAAAGCUGUUGCCGUCACAACUGGUGACACGGAAAGGUGGAACCUCUUUGCCGUAUAGCACAACCUUACGCCGUGACGCUUCUAUCUGUGAGGCUGCUUUCUUCAAAAUUCUUAUUUAACGUUCACUUUUUUUUUCUUUCGCUGUCAUCACUGCAGACGCAUCUUCGCAGUUCGAUUUUUACUAGCGCAGUAACCGUAACUAACGGAAUAGCUAUUUUUUCGUCUUGAUAUAUAUACAUAUAUAUUUACGCCUGAAAGGUACAUAGCUGACCCGCACCGACAACAAUCGGCCAUGCGUAAAAUAAGUUUACGGCACCAGCCCACGGAGCUGCCGCUGCCCAUGGGGGGCGCCCCCCGUGCGCCUCUGCGGCGCAACCGGCGGCCGCGCCUGUCGCUGCUCACUCUCUGCAUCGUUGCUGGCGCUUUCUUUAUCAUCUUCGGGCUGGCGAUUCUCCGCAGCACUUCUCCCAUGGAGGCCUCACAGCGCGUGCGGGACACCGGCCGCAGUGCCCUCACCGCCGAAGAAGGACAAGUUGCAGAGGAGGUGCGGAAGGAGGCGUUACGGCGACAGCAACAGCAGUGGAGUAGCGCGCCCCCGCCGCCUACUCUAACCCUGCCUGUAGUGGCUGACGCUGGCGAGAACACCAAACGCCAGCUUUCCCCAACAGACGCUGCUGUGGUGGUCACGCCGACCACGACCACCACCACAAAGCUCCCCGCACCGCCGACGCCAGACCCCCGAGUCUUCCAACGCACGGGGCGGGAAGGGGAGUAUCGGCUCGAGGAACCGGACCGCCUGCCUGGGCUUUCCAUCAGCCGCCGCACCUACACCGCUGCCGAGCUGUUGGAGAAGUUCAGCAACGUGGAUUACAUCUACAGCUUCGUCAACGGGACGGAGGCAAACCAUCACUAUCGCAAGGAGGUGCGGGUAGCGUGCAUAGCCGAUGUCUUGAGGGCCGAGAACGAAACGUACGUCUCCGGCUACCCCAUGCUGGUAGACUCCGCAGCGACCACAACCACGAACGAUCCGCAUGGCGACACCCGACGAGAGAACCGCAGCAAUCAAGGGCAGCCGACAAACACGGCUGCGGUGAACCCCUUUGCGGCGCUGAGCUGUGUGCCGAAAUUUAUGUCGGACGGCGUCGACGGUCUGAAAACGGUGGGGAGCUUCUUAGAAAGCGUGGAGGGCGACGCACGCAACGGCGCCGACAACCGCGACCGCGAGACCGACGAGCUGCGGCACAGCAUUCGCAGUCUGGAGCAGCACGUCCAGUGGCACCGCGGGCGUGUGGUGAUUGUGUCGCCCGGGCACCACCCGACGUGGGUGGACGGCGCGAGGAACUUCCUUGCCGGUGUGUGCGGUGGCGCGUCCGUGCAGGCGCUGCGCUCGCGUGGCACGCAUCUGCGGCUGACGACGGUGCACCAGGACGCGCUGAUGCCGUACGGGAUGCGGCUGACGGCUGACUCGCACGUGAUUGAGCAGCACAUCUGGCGUGUGCGGAACACGACCGCCGUGCACGUGUACAUGAACGACGACUACUUCGUGAACCGCGACGUGGCCAUCACGGACCUGUUCAACGAGUACGGCGGCACCAUUGUGCGGACGGAGGAAGGUUUCCUUCAUGAGGGUGAAGUGGCUGACAAGGGCAUUUCCUGGGCACGAGGUGUGCGUCAUGCACAGCAGUUUAAUAUUCAAGAGCUGGACGUGCAUCACGAAGAUGAUCUUCCAGCGAAGUUGGUGGAGAUGUGGACGACGCUGGGCCGGCUGGAGAAUUCCACCUUCACGGACACCGCCCACAGCUCUCUUCCGGUGCUGAAAGGUUCGAACACGGACGAAGCCGUCGAUGUUGCGCGCCUGUUCCCCGCUGAGCCGAUGCACUCCACGCCUCUGGAGCCGCGACGUCCUCGCCGCUACGCCACCCAUGCCCCCUUUGUGUACUGCACGAACAUGUUCCGCUUCUUAUCGACGCGCUACGAGCGCGAGUUCGCGUCAGCCGCACUGCACCACCGCGCCCGCGUGGCGGCAGACUUGUUUCUGCCGUUCCUCUACAACGCCUUCAUCAUGGCGCGGCCGUGGCAGGCGUCCCCUCAGUUCCUGCCCUACCUGAUGCAGCUGCACCGCAGUCGAGGCCGCACACCCACCGAGGCGCCGCCGUCGCUGUCCAUUUCGUUGGACAACGUUGACGGGUGUGCACCCGCGACUUUGUUGGCGGGACAGGCAUCGAAUGGCUGUGUCUUCGGGAAGUUCUCUGAUGACAUAGCCGAAAAUCAGCGCGUCGUAGACCUCAUUGCCCGCGCAAACCCGCUGUACUUCAACAUCAACGCCGGCUUCAAAACGGUAGCGGAGGCGGAUCACCUUCGCGCCUACUUGCACGAUAAGUUCCCCACCCCGGUGUAUUUGGAGCAGGCACCCGCCACGACUGCGGCAGACCCGGAGGCAGCCGCCGCUGACGGGGACGGGGAGAAGGACGCAACGGCGGCGGCGGCAGCGGCGGCCAACGUGGUGGCGGAUGCGGUGCUGCCACCGCUGUUUGAUGCGCUGAUGGCGCUGCCGGUGGUGGGUGUUGUGUCGUACGAGGAGGGCGUGUGCCCGCUGGUGCGCAGUCUGUCGCUCGCCUUCGCCGGCCACCACCGCGGUCGCGUGCACGUUGCUGUGCAGCGCUACGGAGAUGGCGAGGCCGACGAGACGCUGCGCGAGGCCCGCACGCGGCUGAGGAACCGUGUGAUCAGCGCGACGCCGGUGCUGAAGUGCGCGUACGGCUCAGCGGUGAAGGUGGCGUCCUCCGCCCGUGGAGAGGGCGUUGCGGACGUGGCGAGGCGCGUGCUGCAGGCGAGCGACGGAGCCGGCGUGGUGCUGCCGUCGACGUGCGGUGCCGGGGACGGUGGCGCUGCGGGGCUGCGCGUGCGUGGGUUUGUGAUGGAUGCCCGCACGCCGCACGCGCCUGUGACGAGCACCGCUGCGCUGCGUGCUGCGCUGUCGAUGCCCGGGCAGACGCUUGCGUUGGAGGACUUCCGUGCGAUGCGUGUGGGACCGGAUGACCGUGACGUUGUGCUCGUGCUGGCCCGCGAGGACGCCGCGGCGAAGGCGGUGCACUGGAUCGACGGCGCAUCGGAGAAUGAUCUGCUGCUGACGUACCCGCUGCCGCUGGAGGCGUACGAGGACAUGACUACACCGCUGGCUUGGGCAGUACCGUAG